UGCACCGGAUGCAUCCACCACGACGAUUCAGGCAGCUAUGAAUAUGGUUUCUGCGUGGCCAAAGGAUCUGCUCAGUGUACGAAAAUUGUUUAGACCGAGUCCAUUGAGCUUUCUUGAGGAGACUUAUCCACUAGACAAGUCAACCUUUACGGUGCUGUUGCCUGAAGAUGCAGAGCUCAGCAAACAUUGGUACAUGUACACCAAGUACAUGAUACUGCGCUAUAUCAUGGGCGAGGACGGUAAUGAAAGAGAUCGUGCUUCACAUACCUAUGGGCUAGCACUUGAGCCUUGUCGACCCAUCGGAGACGUGGCUGUUCACGGUGCCGAGACGAAUAAACCCUUUCAUUUGAGCGCCUCGGCUAUCGAGUCGCCCAUGGUCUUCUUUCCAUCUGCGGUGCGUCAGCUCCACAAGACGGUGCAAGACUACCUAGCAUCUGGCAUAUCAGCAGAGGCUAUCAAUCUGGGCGAAGUAUAUGAACGGAUACUGAACCAUACGAGGGAUACGCUACUAUGUCCGCCGUCUUUUCAGGCAGAGUCUACACGACAGACUGCACUGGCCAAGUCGCUAAACGUGCAUGAUGAUGCUGCCGUAAGCGACAAUCUGUCAGCGCCGCCUGUGGACAAUGUCGACUUGCUCACUGAUGAAUCAUGGUGGGAGCGUAUGGGCCCAAUAGACUCGCAUGCUCUAUCAGACUGGAGCCAUCUCGCGCUCUUUGAUAGCGACGGCCUUCGCCAGACCAUGCAAGAGUUUUGGCCAAGUGGUUCUUCAUAGCAUUAUUGUACUCAUUUGUACUAGCACAUCAUCACCAUGCUCUUCCAGCUUCCUUUUGUACACAUUGCUUGAAUGCUGCAAACUCAGCUGCGCACUUGUCCUUGGUGACAUCAUGCAUCGUCGCAAGGAUGCAUUCUCCGUAGCGUGAGCCUUGAGCAGAGCAGCUUCCAAUGGACUUUGCAAGACGGGCCAUGGGCUUUGUAGGUUUCUUGGCAAUGGAAGACAUGUUGUAGCUUGGGUGGAAGUUGUUCGAGUGUUUGUCGGACUCUCGUCGCGACUUUUACUGUGGCGACCAAGACACCGCGCAUCCACUGAGCAGUGAGCAGAACGGCGUUUCUAUAGAGCCAGGCUCGUCAGCGCAAGUCGCAGUCAUGGCGGAUGACACGCCGUCUGCAAUG